AUGGGCAUUUUGAAGCUGCCAGUGGUUCUCAUUGUGCUCUUUGUUGCAUUAAACCAUCUCGAAGGCGGUGGUAAACCCACUGAAAGUCGUCAGAUGGAAAAGCGGAAGUGCCGCGCUGCCACUUGCGCGACUCAACGCCUGGUCAGUUUUUUAGCUCCAUCCGGCAACAAGCUUGGCGCCAUUUUCUCACCUAUGAAGGUGGGAUCCAGUGCGUAUGGCAAGAGGAAAAAAGUUGAGAUCUCAAAGAAAGAACCAUUGAAUUACCCAUUUAGAGGUCAGUCUCCUCUACAGCUCUUAUUGCUUUAAUGUAUUAUGUAACUAUUCCAGUGAUUUCCUUUGUUAUUUAACAGUAGCUCUUUCGUUACUAGAAUGAAUAUAUGAAUCUCUGCCUCCCAUGUUUGUUGUUAACGCAUAUAAAAUGCCAUGUUAAGAAUUGCUUAAAUUAAUACUGAUUAAGAUCCCAUAAUAAAAAGGCUGUGUCUUUAAAACUGAAAUAUUCUUGCUGUAGUGUUUAUUUUUUAAAUACUUUUUAAAAGUUGUU